AUGUCUGUCCCACGAGGUUUAAAGAAGAAAACAUACGUAGUAGCUAAAAAGAGCCCAAGAACUUUUGAAUCUUACAGACUGUUCAAAAUACUUCCUGGUGAAGGAAUACGUCACCAGGAAAAUAAACCAGACAGUGGGGCUACAUCCAUUGUCUACAGAUGCAGGCAGAAAGGGACCCAGAAACCUUACGCCGUCAAAAUGUUGAAGAAGACAGUAGACAAGAAAAUUGUCCGCACUGAAAUUGGAGUUCUCCUUCGCCUUUCGCAUCCCAACAUUAUAAAACUGAAGGAGAUAUUUGAGACCCCUACAGAAAUCAGUCUUGUUCUGGAACUUGUCACUGGUGGAGAACUAUUUGACAGGAUUGUGGAAAAGGGGUACUACAGUGAAAGAGAUGCUGCUGAUGCUGUCAAACAAAUCCUGGAGGCAGUUUCUUAUCUGCAUGCAAACGGGAUCGUGCAUCGAGACCUGAAGCCAGAAAAUCUACUCUAUGCAACACCAGCACCAGAUGCACCAUUAAAAAUUGCUGACUUUGGACUUUCCAAGAUUGUGGAAGAUCAUGUGACCAUGAAGACAGUUUGUGGAACUCCAGGGUACUGUGCACCAGAGAUACUACGGGGAUGUGCCUAUGGCCCUGAGGUGGACAUGUGGUCCCUGGGGAUUAUCACCUACAUCCUACUUUGUGGCUUUGAACCAUUUUAUGAUGAAAGGGGAGAUCAGUAUAUGUUUAAGAGAAUCCUGAGCUGUGAAUAUGACUUUGUGUCCCCCUGGUGGGAUGAUGUGUCUCUGAAUGCCAAGGAUUUAGUUAAAAAGUUGAUUGUUUUAGACCCCAAGAAACGCCUCACCACUCUACAGGCUUUGCAGCACCCAUGGGUCACAGGGAAGGCAAUAAACUUUGCACAUAUGGACAACGCACAAAAGAAACUUCAAGAAUUCAAUGCCCGGCGUAAACUUAAGGCCGCAGUGAAAGCCGUGGUGGCCUCCACACGCCUCGGCAGCGCCAGCAGCCACAGCGCCCACGAGGGCCACAAGGCCGGCCCCAGCCCGGCGCCCGGCCGCGACAGCCAGCCUGCCGACACGGACAGGCCCACGCAGGAGGCGACAGCGGCGGCUCCCGGAGAAAUGCCUUAGGUCGAUGGCGCUCGCUCGUGUCGGCGGAGAUGUCAUUUCAUACACCAGCUACCUUGUCAUCCAGCGAGAGAGAUUAGCAAGCUUGGCCUCUCUGGUUCUGCUUCGGGGUGCCACAGGCCCCGCCUGAUGAUCCUACCUUCAGUGCAUGUGACUGCUUAUGAAAAUAGUAAACUGUUCCAUUAGGCAUGUCAUGGAAACAGUGUAAUUUGCAGUAAUAUCGGCAGGUGAAAACAUGGGGAUUAUUAACUACCUACCAUAAUGUGUAUACUUCAUCUAUCUAGUGUUCCUAGGUGGCAUUUGAAACAAAAUGCUAUUUUGUUUGGUUUUAUGGAAGUAGGUGUCUUAUCUAUGUUGUGAGUUUCUUUGAACUGUUUCCUUCCAGUUUCAUAGUCCUUCAGGAGACAAAAUGGAAGGAAAUACCAAACCAAUGCUUUUAAAACUGAUGUAUGAAAUAAUGUUUUUUAUCUGUAAAAUUGAAAAAGUAUUUGGGGAUUUACAUGCAAAAAAAAAAAGAAAAAAAAAACCACAAAAAAACAUUCCACUACUUCUGAGAAGAAAUUGAAAUGGUAGUUCCACUGGGCAUGAAAAUGUACAUUGUUCAAGCUUGCAUUGAGAAUGCCUUAUUCUGACUUUUCUUGUUUAUAUACAGUAUUUUAAUAACAACCAAAAUUACUCUGCCAUUUCAUUCCACAGUAAAGUCUUAGUGAAACAAAACCACAGACUAAACAAGGAUUAGAAUACAUGCAAAUUUCUGUCAUACCAUUUUAUUUAUUCAUUAAAAUUCUAAUCUGCAGAUAGAAGACAUUUUAUAAGCCCUAAGGGAAUAAUCUAUAUUUAAAUAAGCUGUAAAUGCUUGAAGGAAGCUAUUUCACAAUUACUGAUUUUGCUUUGAGGAAACACUCUUAUACAAGGUCUGGGAGCAAGUAGUAUAAUCUAGUUGGUUCCUGGGUAGUUUAACCUCAUGAGUGAGCAGUUUCCACUUGUAAUUAGUCCACAUUUUCCUAACAAAGGAUGCCUCCUGUAAAGUGAUCCACCAGCACGAUCUUGCAUCCACCCAGAGCUGUGUCUUGAGUUAGCAGCUGUGUGCAUCAAUCAGCUUGCAAAAGUAGGGUCAGGCUCUUCAGCUAUCUUGAUGUUCUUGUUGAAUGUGAUUGAUAGGAACUGAAAAACUAAUGUGCAUCAGUGUGUAUGACCACUUACACUUGUUUGUUAUCUAUUUGACAGCAUGUGACUAUUGUACUGAUAUAUUACAAAAAUGGCUAAAAGAACCUGACAUUCAAAAAUGUCAUUUGUGCUUGUUAAACUUUUUAAUACUGAUAGUUACCUAACAUCCUAAUACAAUCAUCAUUCCUCUUUAGCUUUAAUUGUUUUUAUGUUGUUGUUAGGCCUUGCACAACUUGCCUUGAAAAAAUAUAGCAGCUACUGAAAAAAACAAGAUUUUAAUAAAACAUUCAAUAACUACAUUUCCUGAUGAAAUUAAAGGGUAAUACAAUGUUAUUCGUAUGGUAGAUUUAAUAAAUAAAAUGUGCCCUAAAUUAAUAUAUAAAGGAGGAUUAAAGGUCCUGUCUUUACAGGGUGAAAAUGCAUGCUAAUGGAUUUAUUAUACUUGAGAUUUUUUAUCCAUUUCUCAGAACUCUCUGAAUUUGAACAAAAAGUUUUGCUAACUAGGAAGGGUUGAAAUGUGAAAUACAUGCAUCCAUUCAGUUUUCAAAGCACAUACUUCAAGGUCAGCAGAAACAUCUGGUGGGGGCAUAGCAGCUGUAUGCAAGCCAAUGUGACACUUUAAUGGAAUUUUCCCUUGGAAACAAGUACAGCAAGAUUAAUAACUUUGGACAAGAUCAUCCACCUGUCUCACUUUUUACUCUCUGUCUUACCUCAUUUGAGGUCACUGAAGAAAAGAGGCAGUUCUCAGCUACUUUACUCCACUCUCCGAUACUGUAGUGAAGUCGUCCAAGUUUAGUCAGUAGGGAAAUUUGAUGGGAGAGGCUGGAUUUUUAUACCAUUUCUCCUUCAUUUGGGAUAAUUGCUUCAAACCUGCAGAAGUGGAGUUGGCUGAGCAGUAACUGCACAUGUGUGAGAGUUGAGCAUAAAUUCCUUCAUCUGAGGCACAGUUUGUUGAGCUGAAAAGUGGUCCCAGCUGAUUCCCAAUGGUGGUUUUUGCUAAAUUAUACCACAGAAUAUCAUAACUAUGAGCUGAUGCUAUCUAAGAGGAGACCUCUCUGUGACAGCAUGAUCUUCAGAGGCAACUCAGUUUUGUGUCAGGUUGGGGGGCUUCAGUUGUUUUUGUUUUUAUCAUACUCAGCAUUAAGCAAUCAGGAUGUCUGUGCUGAGGCUGUGAUUACCAGUCUGUGACUUGGCAAAGCACAGUGCCUAGCUGAUAUAUUUGAUGUAUGACAGCAGCUGGGUGUAUGCAUGCACUGGAAGAUGCAGGUGUUACCUGCAUUGGCUUUGUCUGAAAAAUCACACCCUGGUGGCAUCUGCUGUAGUGCAGACUGGGAUGUGCAACAUCAGUGUCUUACUGUGGCUGAAAAAUAUGAACACACUUGAAAACUGCUGGGGAAAGACCAGAUGUUUCCAAAUCCAUGGUUAUAAGCUAAGGAGAAAGUUACUUGUGCUCUUUUCUGUUGAAGUCCUGAGCUUUAAUUCUUUAGAAUAUUUACCAUAUUAACAAAGUUCUUUAAGUACAAAAGGGGAAACUUUUCAAUAUUUUUGAAGUAUUUGAACUUAGUAAAACUUUUCCUGUAAAAGCAGACUUCAGCACUAGUCAAUUGUAGGGUAAUAUUUUAGAGCUGAGAUGAUGAUAAGAUUGCUGUUAAAUGGUAAGGAAGUCCUGCCUUUGCACCACAGCAGGCAUUUUCCCAGUUUCAGAAAUAUUCCCUCCAAAAUAGAACAGAUUUCCUGUAAUUCUAAACGCUUUUGCUUCCAAUUUUGUCGAUGACACAGUAGAUUGCACUGUGUGAGCCUGGUGCUGGUUUGCUGGCUGAAGUUUGUACUCUAAAGUGUGCAAACAUGCUGUAAAGAGGCAGACACACCAUAAUCAAACUUCUGAAUGCAGAAUACCAUCCAGGCAAAAGUUUUUGAUACAGCAGGUUCUUCAGAAGAAGGGUACUAAGGGUACUGUUUGUCCACACAAAUGAGCAAGCUGUUGGACACACAGAUUAUGAUAAAAACUACCCAGUGGUCCCUUUGCCUUGGUGAAUACAGCAAAAUGCUCUGAAACGCUGUGUGGUAGCAAAUCAGGAUCAAAGCAUCAACCAAAGAGUUUUUUGAAGUGGCUCAGACCAGCAGGGUGGCCCAGGCUGCAGGAGGCUGUGGCUCACUGGCACUAGGCCUCCACACUUUCCAAAUGAAUCACCUUCUCCUACAACUCACGCUGCAAGUGGAACACAGAAAGAGCUGGCAGCCAUAUAGGACAAGUGAAGACAACAGCACAUUUUCUGCAGCAGGGAAAGGGAAAAUUAUACUGGGAGCUGUUAGUGUCCAACUCAGCAGAAGGAAAGCAAUAUCUGACAGGCAGCAAAUGCUGCAGGACUCUGGAAAAUAAGUCCUUGUCUUUAAAUAAAUGUCCCUCAGCUCUUGCACCCCUCUGGGGUUUUGAGAGCAGUGUAAUAAAGUGUGGGAUGGAGGACUCCCUGCAGAUCCUUGCACGUUGUCCUGCACAUUGCCUGCUUACAGAACGGCAGACAAAAAUGUCAGCACAGUGCCUUGACCCGAAGCUUGUGCAGAGGCUUUUCCUCCUGGAGAAGAACUAAUUUUUGUGUGGCUGAGCCAACAUUGUUGCUGCUGAGGUUAUGUGUGCAUGGCAUUCAGGUAACAAAAAUUAUCAGAGGCUGACCAAGAAAGAUGCACAGUUAGAGCUAGAGACCAGUGCUAGGGAUACACACAAGUCCUGAAAAUAACUAAGGUAACAUAAGAGACAGGCAGAACAUCCUUAAAGUUACUUUAUAAAACAAUAACAAUAUCCUUUGUUUCCUAUCAGAGUUAAUCCAGUUGGAACAUAAACAGAGUUCAUUCUUCUUUUGUGUAAAGAAUUUUAUAUUAAAUUCCCUGAUAAGCCCCUGCACAAAAAAGCCCGUGUUUUGUUGAACAAAAAAAAAAACAAUCAGCUGCAUUGCAGAAUAAGAAGAAAAUAAGGAAGGAAAAGGGGAAAAAUAUGGGAGAAAUAUUUGCCUAGCAUAGACACAGAGCUCUAGAGCAAGGAUUGAAGAGAGUUACAAAGAUGAUGACAGGACAGGAGCAACUCUUUUAUGGGGAAAGGCUGAGGGAGCUUGGCCCUCAGGGAUGACUGAGAGAGGAUCCCAUUAAUACAUGGGAAUACCUGAAAGAAUGGUGCCAAGAGAAUGGACCAGGCUCUGCUCCAUGGUGCUGAGCAAUAGGACAAGAGGAAAUAAGCAGAAACUUGUGUCCAGGAUGUUCCCCCUGAACAUAAGAAAGAGAUUCUUUACUCUGUUCAAGUGUCCACGCCUGGGGACAGAUUGCCCAGAGAAGCAAUAUCUCCCUCACUGGAGAUAUUCCAGAAUCUGAGUACAAUCCUAUGUAAUGUGCUUUAGGUAGCCUGCCUUGAGCAGAGAGUUGGAGCCAGAUGACCGUGCCAAUGGUCACUUCUAGCUUUACCCAUUCUGUGAUUUUGUGAUUUCAUGAUCUUAGUUCCAGAAGACAUAUAAAUUUUUACUGGAAGGCUGCAGAUUCUUUACACCUGGGAGGUAAAAUUUCUGGCCAGAGUAAUUCGGAAGAUUGCUGGAGGGACAUUGAAGAGCAUUCCUUGGAGUGUGAAUCCUCUAACUAAUAUAAGGAUAGAACAAUAUACAUGCACAUAACUAAAAAUUCACCAAAUACAUACAUCCUCUUCUACCCCUCCCAUGUAGAAAAGAGAACAUGAAUGCAGUUAUUAUCGGAAGGCAUUCAAAUAUUGUGGGAAUAGGCAUAGUACAGAAGGAGGAAUAUAAUGGAACACUUGAAGUGGCCCAAUUCUGAAUUUAGCAGUAAAAUUAUAGAUUGAAAUCUGAAUAUGUACAUGAACACAUAAAUGUAUAUAUUUAUCAAAUAAAAAGCAGAGACUGCUGAACAAUCUGAGAACCAAGUCUGUAUUAAAAGUUGUAGCAGUGGCAGUUUUAAGCCAUCAUUUGUCCCUUGCCAGCAUUACUCAGCUGGACCUGAAACAUAAUAAUGAUUAUCAGUCUGGUGUACAUAGAUCAUUGCUGAUGAAAUUCAGUCAUGCAAAUCAAGGUAUGGAAGAUAACAAAGCCAGCAGUAUGGAGUUUUGCCCUGCUCUGGCUUCUUCCAAGACACAGCUGGGAAAAAGAUCAUUGCAAUGCCUUUCAUUGGUGUGCUCAGUACAGGGGUGGAAGAGGAGUGACAACACAAGAACAGCAUUUUGUGAGGAGUUUGAGCUGCCCCAAACAGAAGCCCUGCCCAGUGAUGCUCCAUCCAGAGCAUGUGAGAACAGUCUGGCUCUUUAUUUGUAUAUCAGGAAAAUGUUUACUGGCCAAGGUAUAUUAAACAGCAAGUGUUUGCCCUAUGAAGUAGCACAAAGUUCUUCCUAUAGGAAGAUACAUAAAGAGCAAAGCUUAAAAGAAAGGGAUUUAUUUUCUGUUUAAAACUCUGGCUUCAGAGUUUGUGUUAACAUGUGUUAACAUUAAUGGCUAAGGGGAUUAUUGUUAUUCUUCCCCUUUGUGCUUCACCUCCUUUUUCCUGGCCCAGGGGCACCCAGGAGCAGCUGUCAGGUGCCAGCCAGUAGGUAAAGAGCCAUCUGACACCUGGCAGGUUUCAGCUUUUCUGCCCUGACAAAUCUGCUGUUGCCCUUGGUUCCAUUAGAUGGUUUCACUCCUGCCCAUGUACUCCCAGAAGCGUCUGGGUUUCAUCAGUCAGUACAUAUAUUUCUCUGUUAGCCACCCCUGGUGUGAUUUGUCACUGCCAGUUGGUACCCAGGGAGAGGUAUUUCUACUUUCCCUCUCCAUUUCCCAGACUCAUGCUGUUUUCUGGCACCUUCAGAUUCCUUUCUUAACAGCCUAUACCUGGCUGACAGAAAUAGCUCAGUGAUGCAACAAAUGCCAGACAGACACAGAAAGUAACUGAGCUUCUUGGGUUAUUCUCCCAAAAGAAAAUGAAGGCACCUGGGAUGCUGUAGGCACAGGGUGAGUGGCUCAGAGCAAAGAGGCACAAGAACAGCACCAUGCCAGGUUCUGCUCCUCAGCACCAGGAAGCUCCUUUGCCAACAGCACCUUUUUCCUUCUGUGGAGGACAUUGUUUAGGUCAAUCCAAAGAGAUAAGUAAGGUCUGGGAAUUCUGAAAAAUAACCUGUAUUCUGUGACCAGUGACCUUCCAAUAUUGUUUACAUAAUAUGAGUCGAUACACUUAGAAUCAUAUUUUAUGCAAUACUGCCAUUUACAGUGUUAGCACAAGAAGCUGCAAAGUCAGUUUGGAGCACGUGGUCCCAUUAGUUGCCUAGAACUGUAAAUAAUGAUCUGCUUUGUAAUACAAAAUUCUGGAGCCAAUCAUUGUAUCUGCAUAAGUACACAGAGGGAAAGUCCAUCAACAACAAAAAAGACUGUAAUUCUUAUCCCUAUGUUGGGUGGAUCUGGGGUAGCUCUUCUAAUCAAAAUUAUUAUUUCAAAUUACUUGAAGCAGCUAUUCUGGUCACUUGAAAACUGAGGACAAACCAUUGGGUUUGAUUUACAUGUGAUCUGUCCCAGAGACUGUAUUUUCUAGGAGCCAUUGAGUCAUAUUUGUUCAUCCACAGAACUGUGCAUAGGGUCCUGCACUAUCCUAUCAGCCCUCAAAGCCCAAGGAAUGAUGAUGUUACUUACAAAUGUGAAAUUUGCAUGAACGAGCACUGCUACACAAAUCCCCAAAUAACACUACACAAUAACCACCCACAACAAACACACCAGAGAAGUCUGCUACCGAACACACCAAAAUGAGCUCCUUUUUUAGCUUUGUGACAACAAAGGGUAAAGUGAGAAGUGUCUAUAUAUUUAAGUUCUGAGGUCUCAAGUUUCUUGAUUUCUGUUAUUUUCCUGACAUGCCCACCAGCCAUGUUUCUGGAAGUAGUGCAAACAUAUGUAUCCAGUGACAGCCUCCUCCAGAUGGAAAAAUGUCACCACUGACCCUACCCUUCAUUUGUAAGACAUUGAAGUUGUAUUGUUUGUACUAUUAAUAUGUUCCCCAGUCGUCUCUCCCUCAGCUGGCCAUGGGGGCCUGAAGUAGUCCUUUACAGAAAACUGAAGUUUGUCAAGAAACAUUUAAUGAAACUAAGCUAAUGGACUGCAUGUAUAUUUUGACAAAAAAAAUCUUUGAAAUAUCUCCUAAACCCAGCCACAGCAGUGUCCUCCCUGAGAAGUAUUUUCCUUGGGAAUGACAAGGACCCUGCGGAGCAUCCAAGGCUGGUUCUGUAAUCAAUGUACUACCUCCAGUGUAGUGAUAGGUGUCUUGUUUGCUCUGCUUAAAUCAUUACCACCUUGGUUGCAGGGAGACAAUAAUUACAAAUGAAGAUUCUUUUUACUGAAAGGAAUUAAAAACAGGGACAGUUACAGCUACUAACUGAUGAGAGCUAACCCAAACAGUUUCUUUGUGCUGUUGAGCACAAGAACCACUUCCUUGUUCACACCACAUCUUCAUGAGAUGUCAUGCUAACACUUCUGAUUAAACAGCAGAAAUUUUACUUAAUGUUCCAUAAGAAGACAUUGGUUUAGAGUCUGGUUGUUCUUUGAGGGUGUUUUUGGCUUUUUUUUUUUGGAAUACACAGAGACAAGUGGCCUAUGCUUGUGAGAAAUUACCUCUGAAAUGGUUGCUCAGGGAGAAGGAAAGACAGAGAGGUGGAGGUGAACCCACAUCACAGAACCAUAGAACCAUCCAGGCUGGGAAAGACCUUAGGAAGAGAUUGGCUGGGAAAGAUCAUGCAGUCCAACCAUUAACCCAGCGCUGCCAAGUCCACCAUGAACAGGAUGUUAUUGCAGGGAAGCAGUGGUGGUGGCUGUUCCAGCUUGUCAGGGAGCAGGAGAAGGGCAGACUCAUUGAGGCUCUCUGGCCUGGGGGAAGAAGUCUGUUGGUCCCCAGGAGCUACACCACCACACCCUUGCAAGAUCAGGGGAUCAGGAGUACCAAGCAGAGGCUGCCUGGCUGCUCCCCACCCACAGUAAGGAGCUCAUCAGCUUAAACGGAUUUUAACCUGAAGAAGUGUGAUACAUCAAGGGUGCAUGUCUGGCUUGGCCUUGGUUUGGAGGCUCCUGGCUGGAUGAGGACUGUAAGGAGGGAGUUCUGUGCUUUUGUUAAUUCAAGAAUACUGUAUGCUGGAUGGUUAGGGUAUUGUGCGGAUGUUUCCCAGACAAACAGAAGAAAUGGUGCCUUUGAUUAAUAACCCAAAAUAUUUUAUAAGCCUGUUACAGAAGCUCGUUGAUCUCAGAGCAGUGGAGGCUGGACUCCAACUAAUAACAAUGAAGAAUGUUGUAAAUAUAUAUAUCAGACUCUCUCAAAUUAGCUCCAUGUCCUGUGUUCCUGACUCCUUAUUUUACUGCUUAAUGUGUAAGAAAUCCUGUACUAUUGACAUUCUUUUCUUAUACUAGCAAAGAUGUAAGCAACUAAAUAGCAGUUCAUAGUCUGCUUGUUUAACUUUACCCUUUUGCUUCUGAUUAAGCCUGUUUGUGUUGUGAAUUUCCUUAUACUGUGCAAAUGAAUCAGAGAAAAAUUUUAAUCAGAAAAAAAAGAGUUUUGUUAUUUCCAUGUAUUGUGUGUGGAACCAGUGUACCUCCUUGUGUGUUUGCAUAGGAAUGCUGAUAAGCCAUGAGAAAAUGCUUCAGUGCUGAGAUGUCUAUUUUUGCUAAGUGUCUUGCAUGACUGAUCUGAUGCUAAAUAAACUAGUAAAUCUA